GGGGGAUAGCCUCGGUGUCAGCCAUCUUUCAAUUGUGUUCGCAGCCGCCGCCGCGCCGCCGUCGCUCUCUAACGCCAGCGCCGCCUCUAGCUCGCCGAGCUCCAGCCGAAGGAGAAGGGGGGUAAGUAAGGAGGUCUAUAUACCAUGGCUCGUACAAAGCAGACUGCCCGCAAAUCGACCGGCGGUAAAGCACCCAGGAAGCAACUGGCUACAAAAGCCGCUCGCAAGAGUGCGCCCUCUACUGGAGGGGUGAAGAAACCCCAUCGUUACAGGCCUGGUACUGUGGCACUCCGUGAAAUUAGACGUUAUCAGAAGUCCACUGAACUUCUGAUUCGCAAACUUCCCUUCCAGCGUCUGGUGCGAGAAAUUGCUCAGGACUUCAAAACAGAUCUGCGCUUCCAGAGUGCAGCAAUUGGUGCUUUGCAGGAGGCAAGUGAGGCCUAUCUGGUUGGCCUUUUUGAAGACACCAACCUGUGUGCUAUCCAUGCCAAACGUGUAACAAUUAUGCCAAAAGACAUCCAGCUAGCACGCCGCAUACGUGGAGAACGUGCUUAAGAAUCCUCUUUGAUGGGAAACAUUUCAUUCUUUAAAAAAAAAAAAAAAAAAAUUUUUUUUUUUUUUUCUCUUCUUCUUCCUGUUAUUGGUAGUUCUGAACGUUAGAUAUUUUUUUCCCAUGGGGUCAAAAGGUACCUAAGUAUAUGAUUGUGAAUGGAAAAAUAGGGGACAGAAAUCAGGUAUUGGCAGUUUUUCCAUUUUCAUUUGUGUGUGAAUUUUUAAUAUAAAUGCGGGGACAUAAGCAUUAAUGUAAGUCAAAAUGUUUCAGUGAACAAGUUUCAACAGUUCAACUUUAUAACAAUUAUAAAUAAACUGUUAAAUUUUUCUGGAUAUGCCAGCAUUUGGAUUUUUUUAAAACAAGUAAAUUUCUUAUUGAUGGCAACUAAAUGGUGUUUGUAGCAUUUUUAUCAUACAGUAGAUUCCAUCCAUUCACUAUACUUUUCUAACUGAGUUGUCCUACAUGCAAGUACAUGUUUUUAAUGUUGUCUGUCUUCUGUGCUGUUCCUGUAAGUUUGCUAUUAAAAUACAUUAAACUACA